AUGCUCGCACCGGGAAAGCCUGCGACGAAUCCGCCGGUGGCACUCGUCAGCCCCAGCGCAUCCAGUCAUGGAUGUCGCAACUUGCGCGACAGAUUCGAGGUGCGCCGCCUUCUCGCACUGACCUUGGCCACAUGCCGCCUUCUGCGGCCUCCGUUGGCAAGAGCCAAGACUGCACUCCACGUUUUGCUGGUGCCUGCUGGUUCGGACUUCUGGGGAGUCGAGGUGAUCGACAGCCCUGGACGAGGCAAAGGCUUGGCCACGACCCGGGCUAUUCCAGCAGGCGGCGAGAUCCUGGCAGAGGCGCCGCUCUUCGUGAAACCUGCGGGAUGGUCGACUCGCAGGCUCGCCAUACAGCUGCAAAACAUCUCAGACGAACUCCGGACAAGGUUGUUGGAGUUGAGCCAAGCUCCGCAGACUGGGUUUGCAGAGCAGGACACCGGCGAUGGUGCGGAUGGGGCACUGCUGAGAGUGGUGCGUGCCAACGGCGUCCAGUCCUUCGACGGGUCCACAUCGGUUUGCCGCCUCGUCUCCAGGGCGAACCACGCUUGCCAGCCGACUGCAACGCUUUGCCCCGAGCCUGGCGGCGCCAUUCGCUUGGUUGCGCUCCGGGCUCUGGAGCCAGGGGAAGAGAUCUUAGUCUCCUACCUCUCUGGUGAGGACCUUCUGCGGCCGACCUGGGCACGCCGCCGAGAACUGCUGCGCGGGCCCUGGGGUUUUCAUUGCGAGUGCGAGCGGUGCCGGGAGAAGGAUCUCACUCGUGGGAUGCAGUGCUUGAACUGUGGUGCUGGUACACACUACCCUCUUGAAGAUGGGAGCUGGUCUUGUUGCGAGGCUUGUGGAGUUGCAGCCCCAUCCAGCGAGAAAGUUGCAGAGGCCGAGUCCUUCUGGCAAGCAGCUUUGCAGGGCCUUGACACUGCGGAUGAGCCACAAUACCGAGAACUCGCAGUGCAGCUGCAUCGCCGUCUCCAAGGUCUGGGGCUGUGGCCGCGGGCGAGGCAACACUGGGUUGCGGCGUGGGCUGCCAGAGCAGCAGCGGCAGUGCACCAGGAGGCGCAGAACUUUGGCCCGGCGAUAGCUGCAGCAAAGCAGCUUCAAGCAUAUGUGCGCCACGUGCGUGGGCAGUCACUGGUUGCGUUGCAUGCCGAGGCGUUGGCAUUCCGAGCUCGGGGUGCACAGGGCUUGGCGGAGAAGCGUGGCAGCGUGCGUGCAGGACGUGUGGCAAAGAUCCAUGCGGAAAGGGGCUUGCAAGAAGCUGAGCCGAUCCUCGGCAUGCGCCAUCCCCUCGUGAGGUCAUUGGAGCGUCUCCGGAGUGGUCUCAGCGAGGACGGCGAGGCCCCGGAUGAGACGGCGACCUCGGGGAGCGAGACUUUUCCGCGGCCCAAGCGCCGCAGAGGUCGCCUGCACGAUGGCCGGGGCGGCCGGGGUCGUCGGAGACAAAAAGCUGCAGAUGACGGCAGGGUUGGUGUCAAACAGUCAUUCAACAAGGCAUUCGCGCUUGGAAUCCUGUUUAAACUACGUUGUCCGUUUACAGUCUCCUAG